AUGGCUUCUUACGGUAUUCUAGAUCAAGCGGAAGAAGAUAACCUUCACAAAUCGCGCCUUCUCAACGUCGAAGAGAAGCCUUUCAAACGUAUAACCAAACGCCUUCUUAAUCCGCAAUCGCUCGUGAUCUCUAAAGCGACCAUUUUUCCCACUCCACCCCCGGAUGAAACAGAAGAAGAUGCCCCAGCAGCCGAUGCGGAGAGACAAAAAAUACUGGAUGAAUGGCGCCAUUUCAGCGAGGACGCGACGCUAGAUUUUGCCGCUUUUGAAGGCAGUAUCGCACGCAUACAGUUUCUUCUGACGAGCAACGAGAAGGAACGUGAGCGAUAUGCCGCUGAAAAGCUUCGGAUCCUGUCCACGAUGCAGACUGUUCGCGACAACACUUCGGAACUGCGGGUGCAGUUGGAGGAAGCUCAGCGACUUCUGGCGCUACGGAAAAGCUACGAUGACCUCGCCGAGAAGAUUACGAGCAACAGACUCUUGAGGCCGCGAGAAGACCAGCAGGCAAACCUACAGAAACUCCAGGCGGAGAUUGCAGAUCUUGAGAAAGAAAGCAAGGAAUACGCGACGACCUGGGCUGAACGACGAGAGCAGUUUGGUCGCAUUGUGGAAGAGGGUAUGCAGCUUCGACGUCUUAUUAGGGAUGAGAAGGAAGAGGUGGAGCGCAGAGAGGGCAUGCAAGAAGAUGAAGGAGAGGAAACAGACGUCCCUUCGAAAGAAAAGACCAGCGAGGCCAAUACUCCUCGACCUGAAUUCGAUACUGUCACUCCCUCUCAACACGGUCAGGACGAGGCUAGUCGAUCCCCGGUUGGUCUACACGCAGAGAGACUAGCUGCAACCACGGGGGCAGCGUCGCCCUUGCGACAGGUUUCUACGGCUGAGCAGGAGGACGCCAACAUGAUAGACGAAGGCGAAGUGACUGGAGAGGAGGCAUCAGAACGGCCCGACGACCUGGAGGAAGGGGAGGCAGUGCCGGAUGACCAAACUGCCGAUAGAAUGGACAUUACGUGA